AUGACGCGACACCGGGCCUCGCCCGCCCGCUGCGGAGAGGGGCGGUGGGGCCGGGCCUGGGCCCUCCCCGCGGCCGCCGGGCCCGGCUCCCCGCUCUGCCACCCGCCCGGUGUGAGGGUCCCGGCCGCCGCUCCCGCCCUCAGGCCGUUGCCAUGGCACCGCCGGUGCGCUCCCGCCCCCCCCCCCCAACUCGCCUACCACCUACUGGGGCUGCCGCGCUUCCGGGUCGGCGAGGCCGCGGCCGGAAGUCGGAGGUGCCGGGCGGUGACGUCACGGCGGCGGGGUGCGGGCGGUGACGUCGCGGCGGCGGGGGAUGAGUCACGGUGCCGUGAUGCAGUCCCCGGGCACGCAGGGCCCCCCCCCCCCCCCCCGCGCCCGCCCGGUGCCCCCGCCCGGGCCCGCCCCGGGGACAAGCGGCAGCGGCGGCAGCGGGGACAGCGGCAGGCGGCCGCCCCCCUUUUCCGCCUCCUUCUCACCUGGGGGGGCCCGGGGCGGCAGUGCCCCCCCGACCUCGGCGCGGGAGGAACGACGGCUUUCGGCGCUCUGCUGCGCUGCUUCCCCUGCGAGCGGCUCUGCGGGGGGUGCACGGUGCCCCCCGCCCCUCCGCGCCCCCCCGGGGCCCUGCCGCCCGCCAUGCCCCCCCCCCGGCGCCGCCUGCCCCCCGCCACCCGCCUGCCCCCCAGGACCUUCCACAGCUACCUGCCCCGCUCCCACCGCACCUACAGCUGCGUGCACUGCCGGGCACACCUGGCCAGGCACGAGGAGCUCAUCUCCAAGUCCUUCCAGGGCAGCCACGGCCGUGCCUACCUGUUCAACUCCGUGGUGAACGUGGGCUGUGGCCCGGCGGAGCAGCGGCUGCUGCUGACGGGGCUGCACUCGGUGGCCGACAUCUUCUGCCAGAGCUGCAAGACCACCCUGGGCUGGAAAUACGAGCAGGCCUUCGAGAGCAGCCAGAAGUACAAGGAGGGGAAGUUCAUCAUCGAGAUGUCGCACAUGGUGAAGGAGAACGGCUGGGACUGAGGGGCACGGCGGGGGCACCCCCACCCAGCAGCACCCCCGCCCUGGCGGGCACCCGCGCCGGGGUGCUGGCGGUGGGUGCCCCCCGCCUUCCCCGAUGUCCCGUGGGUGCCCAGUGCCAGCACGCGGGGGCUGCGGGGGCUUUUCUAGGGCAAU